GAGAAACGAACGGAGCCGGAAAUGCCCGAGGUGUCUUGCGGCUCAGCUGGUGGCUGGCUCGGUUCCUUCCUGCGGUGAGCCGGACUUCCUCCGCCUGAGGACUUAAGCAGCCGGGAGUCCCCGGGAGCAGCCUCGGGAAGGAGUCUUACUGAACGGAAAGCCCGCCGUCCUUGGUUCGGGGUUCAGCAGCGACUCGGCGAGGAACGGGGACCGCGAAAGGAUGCAACCGGGGAGUGCCCAGAUCCGCCUCUGCCGGAUGUAACCCUCUUACGAACCAAUACAUGCUGUUUGGAAUCAGUGAACAAUAAUGAGUGGUGCAGCUUUGGGCAUUGAGAUAGUUGUCGUCUUCUUUUUGGCAUUAAUCAUACUUCAGCGAUAUGGUGACUUCAAAAAGCAGCACAAACUUGUGAUCGUUGCAACUUUAUUAGCUUGGUAUCUUUGUUUUCUCAUAGUCUUUAUACUGCCCUUAGAUGUCACUACGACUAUAUACAAUCGGUGUAAGCUUGAUCUAAAUGACUCACACCCAAAUCCCACCAACAGUGGAUCAGCAGUGCAACAUCAAGACACUAAUCCCACUCAGAGUAAACAAAAAUGUAUCAAACCAUGGAGUUAUAUCCCUGAUAGAAUUAUGCCCAUUUUUUGGCGUGUUGUAUACUGGACAUCACAGUUUUUAACAUGGAUUCUGUUACCCUUUAUGCAGUCCUAUGCUAGAUCAGGAGGUUUUUCCAUUACUGGGAAGAUUAAAACAGCAUUAAUUGAAAAUGCUAUAUAUUAUGGAACGUACCUUUUGAUUUUUGGGGCGUUUUUGAUAUAUGUAGCUAUAAAUCCAAACAUCAGCUUGCAAUGGAGUCAGCUGCAGACAAUUGGAAUAGCUGCUGCCAAUACCUGGGGCCUGUUUCUGCUUGUGUUGCUGUUAGGAUACGGCUUAGUAGAAAUUCCUCGUUCUCACUGGAAUGGAGCUAAAAAGGGCUAUCUUCUCAUGAAGACCUACUUCAAGGCUGCUAAACUGAUGACUGAAAAGGCAGAUGCAGAAGAAAACCUGGAGGAUGUUAUGGAGGAGGUCCGUAAAGUAAAAGAAAGCAUCAAAUACAACCAUCCUUUGAGAAAAUGUGUGGAUACAAUAUUAAAAAAGUGUCCUACAGAAUAUCAAGAUAGGAUGGGUCGAAACAUAGAUGAUUAUGAAGACUUUGAAGAAAGAUCCAAUACUUAUCCAACAGAGAAAAACCUAGUGAAGCUUCAUAAGCAGGUAAUUUAUUCAGUUCAAAGGCAUCGUCGUACACAAGUCCAGUGGCAAAUUCUUUUAGAGCAAGCCUUUUACCUGGAAGAUGUGGCAAAAAAUGAAUCCAGUGCCACUCGUCAAUUUGUUCAUACUUUUCAGUCUCAAGAAGCUGAAAACAAAAUUAUCCAAUAUCUCUAUUCACCAGCUCUUGAAUGGUAUUGGGAAUGUCUUCUACGACCAUGGUUCCACAGGAUUCUCGCCAUUAUCCUGGCCAUCUUUUCCAUCGUUGUUGUGUGGUCAGAAUGCACGUUUUUCAGCCCAAAGCCAGUUCUGUCCCUCUUUGCAGUCUUCAUACGACUAGCGGAAAAGAAUUACAACUAUUUUUACAUAGAGAUGGCUUGUUUUUUUACAAUCUUUUUCCUGAGUAUCUGCGUUUAUUCUACGGUCUUCAGGAUCCGUGUAUUCAACUAUUAUUACUUAGCUUCACACCAUCAGACAGAUGCAUACAGUUUACUCUUCAGUGGCAUGUUGUUCUGUCGUUUGACUCCUCCACUGUGUCUGAAUUUUUUGGGUUUGACUCACAUGGAUGCAGCAAUUUCUCAGAGAACCACGGAUCAGCCAACUGCAUAUACCUCUAUUAUGGGAUCAAUGAAAGUAUUGUCCUUCAUAGCAGAUGGCUUUUAUAUUUAUUAUCCCAUGCUGGUUGUCAUUCUCUGCAUUGCUACUUACUUCAGUUUAGGAACUCGGUGUUUGAAUCUUCUGGGAUUCCAGCAGUUCAUGGGAGACAAUGAGAUGACUUCAGACCUAAUAGAUGAAGGGAAAGAGUUAAUCAGAAGAGAAAAGAGAAAACGGCAAAGGCAGGAAGAUGGUGAUAACAGGAGACGGGAGUGGAAAGAACGGUAUGGAAACAAUCGUGAACCUUCAACAAGGAACAGAAUUCUUCAAGCAGACCAAAAAGAGUCUACUCUCACAGAGAUCAAUACAAACAGAUUGACGUCCAAGUACACCAGGUCAAAUGGAAGGAACGAAAGGGACAGAGUAGAACUUCUUCAAGACGCAGAACCUCUGGACUUCAAUGCAGAUUCAGUCAACGAAGAUCCUCUUGACUCUGAAUCAGGAAGGUACCAACCUGGUGGAAGAUACUUGUCAAUGUCUCGAAGUAGAAUUUUUGAUGAUGUCUAAAGCCCCAAAUCGCUUGGAUCUCACACUGGAAAAACGCCCUUUCCGUAUCUCAUUCUGCAAUCGAAUCAGCUUCAGUUCUCAAGAAAAGAAAAUGGAACGUGAGGAAGAAAGGAAUUUUUUUCCCUCUAGCAAAACGCACUUUGUAGAAUUAGUUGCCUGUUUCAAGGCGGGUUUAGAGCAUUGGUUUCUAACCCCUGCAGUGCUGCUUUUUCUACCUUCCCCCUCACGCCUUCAAACUUUGAAUAAGAUUUGAAUAAGAAGAAAAAGGGGCGCCAGAUGGCCCCAGAGACAGAAAGUCCUUGAUAUUUGGGGUUAUUCUUACCUCUUAAUGGAAGAAACCUGGUCAACCUCAAAUGCCUUUCCUAGAUUUUAGAAGCUGCCCAUACGUAAAGGAGUAAGGUUUUGACUUACUGAGUUGAAUCAAGAUAAAGGUAAUGCAGAUGCAGUCUUAAAAUAACAAAUGCUGGGCCCAAAAUAAAACUGUAAAUGUGCACCUAUGGGAAGUUUUCUUUUUGGGUGGUGGGAGGGAGGGAGGGAGAAGUCUUCAGAUUCAAAAGAGAUUUCCAAGAAUAACACAAUUAGGUUUUCCUAAGUGUAGUCAUUAGAUUAGCCCUAUUUGAUGCAAAUAUUUAUGGUUAGCUUCUAUUCCAGCUUUGGUAUGAUUUGUGAAAGGCCAUUCAGAUUGGUUUGGGCUCUCAAUUCAAGUUCUUGAAGACCUGGAGAGAUUUUACAAAUCUACAUAAAAUAACUUUUUCUCGUUGCCUGCCCGAGAGUUACUGAACAGAAAAACAAUUUAUGUUUUCUUUAUCUAUAUAGCAAAUGACAUUUGCACGCAUAAGAAUAUUGAUAAAAUCUUAAUCAUAUCUUAACAGUUUGAAAACACAAUAUUUAACCACAUAUACUGACAUAUAACUAAGGGAAAAACAUCACAAAAAUAUAUUUUAAGAUUCAUUGAUUCAUUGCUAGUUAAAAUCAUUCAGCUAAAUUAUAUUUUUGCCAUUCUGAAUUGCAAAGUUGGAGUUUAAAGUCCAUGGCUUUAAAUGUAAUUCAAUAGUUCUUGCAGUUUGGAUCCUGCCUUUUGAAAAAAUGAAUACUUUUAAUAUGAAACUGAAAAAAAGAUGACAUCCAGCUAUUGCCUUAUAAAGAAAAUCUGUUUUAAUCAAGACUGUAUUUUUACUGCUAGAGCACUUUUUUCACUGGAAAAAACCCUCAUACCUUUUCAAAUAGAGACCAUGAGAUUUUUUCAAAAUAAUUUUCAUAAGUAUUCAUGAAUACUAUAUAGAAAUGUGUACAGUAUUAUUGGGGCCAGACAAUAUUGGAGGAUGUUAAGAAAAAGUAAGCAUUUCCCAUUGUUUGUUUUUCUGAAGCCAAAUCCAGUGAUUAGAUAUUGAUUAUCAUGAGGAUUUAAACAUCUUUCAUCCUGUGUUUCAUACUGGAAGGGACUUUGCAUUUUUAUUUUGUUUAUUUUACUUAUUUGCCACCCAUCUCACCACAAGAUUUUUUGUUAUUUUAGAAAAGCAAAGGAUGUAAAUAUUUUGAUUAGUGAAUAGUAAUGCUAUACAACAGAUCUUUGUUGUUGUUGGAUUUUUUUGUUGUUGGUUAAACAUCCCAGAACAAUGCAGCCUUAAAGCCACAGUGCUUGGCAGAAUUUUUAUGAGUACAAAGAGAUGUUUUUGCAUUCUUGUUUGUAACAGCCGUAUAAAUAAUGUGUGAUAAUUUAUUGGGCAUUUCCUUAUAGUGUCCUAAUUCAGGUGUAGCAUGAGAAAGAGACAAGGAAGAGAUGGAAGAAAAUAGACACAGUAAUGGUUGAUCCGUGUAUUUUAUAACACGUAAACCAAAACAUUCAUUUUAGAGGGAGAAAGGUUAUUGUGAUUCACAGUAGCUUCAGUGAAGCAUCAUUUUAGGCAAUGUGCAUCUGGAAAGCCAAUGGCUUAUCUGUAAAGUAUGACUUGGGAUACUAUUUUCACGAAUGCUGAAAUUACACUCUGUGCUCAACCUACCAAAUUAUGAUUAAUGGAAACUGGAAUGUACUGGCAAAGGAAUUUGCAAAUUAUUACAUUAAUCCCAGUUUAACAUUAAGCUUAGAAUUUAGAAAUUAUUUCGAUGCCAUAAAUUGUUCCAAACAUCUCAAGUCUAUUAAGAAAAGCCGCUUUAGAGUUACCAAAUUUCUUCCAAACAUUUUUUGAUCCCCCAAAAAAGGUCCAAUAGUUUUAAUGCCUUAUUUGUUUAGAUAAACAGAAAUUUUGUUAACUACUAAAUUGAGAACUUAACAGGCUUCUGAAAGGUUGUUAACAUGUUUGGCUCAAGUGCACAAUUGCAGACUAGAUGCUCACUUUUGCUUUGAAGAGUGAGCUGGAAUUUCACAUGUAAUUUCCUUCAAAGUUUGGAAAUGGACUAUGCUGUGGGAUAUUCUCAGGUGACUGGCAGAUCAAGGGAAGGAGAUUGGGUUUAAAUAGUACUUUUUUUCUUUUUGGGAGACAAACAUGUUUUUAUCUGGAAUCACCUUCAAAUUGAAAUCAGGCAGCUUGCAUAAAAGCAUAUAAAACAUUCCAGUCAGCCAUUCAAACUUCUUCAUCCAUUAAGUAUUAAAACUUUAGUGUCAUGCUUUAUGCACGCUGCUUUGGAACUUCAUGCCCCAACACAAAGAUUUAAAACAUUUUUAUAUAUUUUUGAAGCUGACUCAUUUUUUCACUUGUAAGAGUGUCAUGGUCACUUUGCUUGUUGUGUGAAGAAUUUUGAUUUCUUCUUUUAAAACAAAUUGGAAAAUGUGGCUUUUUAGCAGAUACAUUCAUGCAAAACUUUAUAUUUGCCAUUGAAUUCUUUAUUUAUACCUAAUGGUAAGUAUUGGAACUAAUUGCUUUGUAAAUAAUAUUGGGGUCAUGAUCAAUAAGGUAUAUAUUUGCUGCCAGUAAGUAAUUGUUAUUUAUAUCUAAUUAGGGAUGUGUGCAUUACUGCAGUAUAAAUUAAAGUAAAAUGUAAUGGUGUAUAUGAAUGGAAUUAAAAUGAACUUUACAAUAUGUUUCACUAAUUGUCAAUGUUUGGUAUGUAACUGAAAUGCUGAAGGAGAUGCCUGAACUGAGUGCAGAGAAUUCAAAAAAAUAAAAUUAGGGGCAUCUGUAUAGUAAAUAGUUUUUUAGUUGUGGGAAACAUUACAAAAUGUGUAGUACUACUGAAGAAAUCAUUUUGAAACAGAAUUUUCACAAUUUUUAUUUGCACAAAAUUAUGCUGCUAAUGGUGUUGUCAAGGAAUGGUUGAAACAUUUUUUUUUUCAUUUUCCACAGAGCUCAAAAUAGUGAAGAUCAGCUAAUUGAAUGUUAUUUUGCAAUCUUGGUAAUAUAAUACUGUAUAUAUUACAAGAUGCCAUGAUUUUCAUUUUUGUCAUUAUCAAUACUUGGAGACAUACGGUUCACUUAAAAUUAAAAUAAGCAUCAUUUGCGGAAUAAAAUGGAGAGUUAUGCCAAAAAAUCUGUGUUCUGAAUUUAGCAAUUCCGGUGCUAGUUUUUCUUCUGUGGUUAUUUCUAAAAAUGUACAAAAAGAAAGGAAAAGGA